AUGUCAAGACAUUCAAAGAGUAUAAAUUUAUUAUUAGAGGAAAUAAAUAAUAUUGACGAAGAGUGUUCGGAAGAUGAUCAGGAAAUUUCUGAUAUUGAAAAUGACAUUGCGGAAAAUGAUUAUGAUCUAUUUGACAACGACUUGAACACCGAUGAGAACGAAGAGAAUAUUUUGAACGUACGUAGAGGACAAAAGAGAAGGAGAUUUUUAGUUAGUUCCGAAAGUGAGAAUGAGGAAGAGGUAAUCGAAACUGCUAUAGACGGAACUGUUUGGUAAGAAGUAAAAGAAGAGUCUAAUCCUGGAAGAGCACCGAUUCAUAAUAUUUUUAGGGAAACAUCAGGCCCGACAGGGUAUAGUAAACGAAAUAUUAUGAAAGGUAAAGUUAGAACGGCAUUUUCUCUUAUUAUAAUUUGUCAUAAUAUAAUCGAACAUAUAAGAAAGUGCACGGAAACAGAGGCAUUUCGAGUGGUGGGAACUAAAUGUGAUCUAUGUACUGCAAAGUUAUAUGCAUUUAUUGCACUCCUGUAUGCAUGAGGCGCAUAUGAGCCAAAAAAUAUAGAUAUAUCACUUCUAUGGAACAAAAACUGGGGUCCGGCAUUUUUCUCAAAGACUAUGAGCAGAAAUAACUUUAUGGAAAUUAUGGGGUUUAUUCGAUUUGAUAACAGAAAUCAACGAAGCCAUCGCUUACAAACCGAUAAAUUCGCUUUGAUAUCUGAAGUUUGGUGCAAAUUCGUUGAGAACAAUCAAAAUUGUUAUAAACCAGGACCAUAUAUUACUAUCGAUGAACAAUUGUUUCCAAUAAAAGCAAGGUGUAGAUUCACUCAGUACAUGCCCAAUAAAUCAAACAAAUUUGGUAUCAAAUUCUGA